AUGUAAGAAGAAUAUUAAGGUUAUGGAGUAGAUUUGGGUGGUAGAUAUACAUUACUUGCUAAAUGUAAUCUAUUUUCAGCUGAUGUUGUAUUAAAUGAAGGUUAAAGAGAAACAGAAAAUGUUAUAGUAUUUUUGGCUCAUGAAAGACUCUUUGGAAACAUGGCUGCUCAUUCUUAUCGAUCUCACAUUCUAAAUUCAGUCAGAGGCUUUCAAAAUGCCCAUAUAUUUGAAUAUAAAGAGAAAUCAAUAAAAUUGGAGCCUGAAUAAUAGAUAGGAGCUUUUCUUAGAAAAUUAUUAAGUAAUUAUAAUAGAAGAGUGGUUAUCUCUUAUCCAGAUUUUUAUACUUAAUUUGAUUUAAUUAGACUAUGGAGGGCAAUUUAGAUAAGCAAAAUUAAUGUUUUGGCAGCUAUUCCAGAAAAUAUGGCUAUUAGUACUUAUGUGAAUUAUUGUCAAAAUAAUGUUUUACAAAAAGAAAUGUUAAUUAUUGAUUUUGGUCAUUCAAAAUUUACAGGAUUUUUACUAUAACAAGAAUAAGUGUUAUUUGAGGUGUUUGAUAGGAAUUUAGGAACAUCAUAAAUGGACUAUUAUCUUGCUGAAUGGAUUAUAAAUUAAGCAAAAAUAAAUAUGAAUAAGUAAAGUAAAUAUUAUUUGCGAUUGUUGGAUACUUGUGAAAAUAUUAGAAGAAGAUUAAGUGCAAAUAAGGACACUUAUAUUGAUAUUGAGUAAUUAAUACCAGAUGUUGAUUUUUCAUAUAAUUUAACAAGGUAAUUAAAUAUUAUUAUAAUUAAAGAGAGAAAUAUGAAACAAUUAUGUAACCAGUUUUGGAAUCGCUUUCAAAUUAAUUAUUUAAUCUUUAUCAUUAGACACAAAAUUACUAAUUUAAUUUAAUAGUUACAUUGGGAGGAGGUUCUAGAAUUCCUAUUAUAUAAUAAUGCAUUAAAGCUAUUUUUGAGGGUAAAUAAAUCUAAAGUAGCAUACAUGCAACUGAAGCAAUUUGCCAAGGAUGUGCUGUUUCAAGUACUCUAAUAACUUAGAGAAAGGAAUAAUUAAAAAAAGAAUUAAAUCCUAGUGAGUAUUAUUUAAAUAUAUAUGAACAAUACUCUAUUUUUAUAGGAAUAAGUAGUUAAGAUGGGAAUAAUAUAUUAACAGAGUAACAAUUCUAAUAAAAAAUGAUUUAAAGUAAAGUAAGUUUAAGAGAAUAUUUUGCUCUUAAUGGAGAAUGUAUAAAAUAUAGUCAUAGUUUAACAAGAUCUUUAGAUAAGUUUAAAUGUUAUGGAAUUACAAUAUUUUAUGAUCCACCUCCAUUUGGAUAUGAAGCAUUGAUAAACUGUUAUCAAAUUAGCAACACUUAAAUAAUUAUGUUUUAUUAUGAUGAUUUUGGAGUGAUUUAAAUGACUAAAGAUAAUUAGAUUGCGAUUGCAAUAUAAGAUUAGAGAGUAGGACUUAUUGAGAUGAUUUAAAUUGAAGAUCAGUUAGAAUAAGAUGAUAAGAAUAUUUAAAUAGUAAAAUAUAUAAUUUAAUAUUUUUUAAGACUCAUAAUCUAAGAUAUCAAUGUGAAAGAAGAAUAAAUGAAGUUAAAUAAUAAUUUAAGAUGUUAAAUUUAAAUGUUUAGUAACAAUUUAAAAUUAAUGAAUUAAUUGAAGAAUCUUAAAAAAGAAUUUUAGAUUAGAGUUUAUCAGUUUAAGACAUUUAAAAACAGAUGAGUGAAUUUGAAUAUUAGUAUAAAAAUAUUAUAACUUGAAAGUCAUAUGUUAAGUUAAGAUCAGGUUUAAAUGUAAAAGUUCUUGAAAGAAUGUGAUGCAUUGAUAAUUACUUCUGGAGCUGGUAUGGGAGUGGAUUCAGGUUUACCAGAUUUUAGAGGAGAUUAAGGAUUUUGGAAAGCGUAUAGACCUUUCUAAAAUAAAUAUGGAUUUUAAGAUUGUGCAAACCCUGGAUUCUUAAAAUCAAAUCCAUAUUUAUUUUGGGGUUUUUAUGGACAUAGAUUAGAAUUAUAUACAAAUACGAUUCCUCAUGAAGGUUUUAGAAUAUUAAAGAAAUGGUGUGAAAAGAAAGAUUAUUUUAUUGUUACUAGCAAUGUUGAUGGUUAAUUUUAGAAAGCAGGGUUUGAUUAAAAAAAAAUAUAUGAAAUUCAUGGUUCAAUUCAUACAUUUUAAUGUACUUAAUGUAAUAAAUUAUAUUUGGCAAAUAAAUACCCAAAAUUAAAAAUAGAUUUAUAAAAAUUUGAAGCUGCUGAUCCAUUACCUAAAUGUGAAUUUAAUCAUAUAUUAAGACCCAAUAUUUUAAUGUUUAAUGAUUGGGAUUGGAUAUCUACAAUUUAUAUUAAAUAGGAAGAAUAUUUUAAUGAAUUUAUCAAGAAAUAUAAUAAUAAAAAGGUUUGUGUAAUUGAAAUUGGAGCAGGAACAGCAAUACCAAGUAUUAGAUUAAAAGGAGAUAGAAUUUUAAAUGAUAUUAAAGAUUCUAUUUUGAUUAGAAUUAAUCCUUCAGAAAAUGAUGCUGAAGAAAAUAAGAAAUAUUAUAGUAUUAAGAAAGGAGGUUUAGAAGGAAUAAAGUCAUUGAAUUACUUAUGAA